CGAGACGCUGGUCAGGCUCCGCGGCGCAGCUCGAAAAUGAAUAAUCGCCCCCAAUUGACUUAAAUUCCACCGAAGCCGGCGCCGCGGCCGCCGCCGCUCGGGAUCUGCUCGCUGUUUUUUGCUUUCUCCAUUCUUCCUUAAAAAAAAAAGCAAAACAAAACCAGCCAGCCAGCCAACCAGGAAUCCGGUUUGUUGAUCGCCUUAUUUUUUUUUUUCACCGUUUGCGGGAUUUGCAAACCGAGUUACAUGCAUGUCCAGUGGGGGUAGGUUUAAUUUUGACGAUGGAGGGUCCUACUGUGGAGGCUGGGAGGACGGCAAGGCGCACGGCCAUGGCGUCUGCACCGGCCCCAAGGGCCAAGGCGAAUACAGCGGCUCGUGGAGCCACGGCUUCGAGGUGCUGGGCGUCUACACCUGGCCCAGUGGCAACACGUACCAGGGCACCUGGGCGCAGGGCAAGCGCCACGGCAUCGGCCUGGAGAGCAAGGGGAAGUGGGUGUACAAGGGCGAGUGGACGCACGGAUUUAAGGGGCGCUACGGGGUGCGGGAGUGCACGGGCAACGGAGCCAAGUACGAAGGGACCUGGAGCAACGGGCUGCAGGACGGCUACGGCACGGAGACCUACUCGGAUGGCGGGACCUACCAGGGCCAGUGGGUUGGUGGCAUGCGCCAAGGCUAUGGCGUGAGGCAGAGUGUCCCCUACGGCAUGGCGGCGGUCAUCCGCUCGCCCCUGAGGACGUCCAUCAACUCUCUGCGCAGCGAGCACACCAACGGCGCGGCGCUGCACCCCGACGCGUCUCCGGCGGUGGCCGGCAGCCCGGCUGUGUCCCGGGGGGGCUUCGUGCUGGUGGCACACAGUGACUCCGAGAUCCUCAAGAGCAAGAAGAAGGGGCUGUUCCGGCGCUCGCUGCUGAGCGGGCUGAAGCUGCGCAAGUCCGAGUCCAAGAGCAGCCUGGCGAGCCAGCGCAGCAAGCAGAGCUCCUUCCGCAGCGAGGCGGGCAUGAGCACGGUCAGCUCCACGGCCAGCGACAUCCACUCCACCAUCAGCCUGGGCGAGGGCGAGGCUGAACUGUCGGUCAUCGAGGACGACAUCGACGCCACCACCACGGAGACCUACGUGGGCGAGUGGAAGAACGACAAGCGCUCGGGCUUCGGCGUGAGCCAGCGCUCGGAUGGGCUGCGCUAUGAGGGCGAGUGGGCUGGCAACCGGCGGCACGGCUACGGCUGCAUGACCUUCCCCGAUGGCACCAAAGAGGAGGGCAAGUACAAGCAGAAUGUGCUCGUGAGCGGCAAGCGCAAGAACCUCAUCCCGCUGCGCGCCAGCAAGAUCCGCGAGAAGGUGGACCGGGCUGUGGAGGCAGCCGAGCGCGCGGCCACCAUCGCCAAGCAGAAGGCGGAGAUCGCGGCCUCUAGGACCUCCCACUCGAGGGCCAAGGCCGAGGCAGCCCUCACCGCGGCCCAGAAGGCCCAGGAGGAAGCAAGGAUCGCCAGGAUCACUGCCAAAGAGUUCUCACCUUCCUUCCAGCACAGGGAAAACGGGCUCGAGUACCAGCGGCCGAAGCAUCAGCUUUCCAGUGAUGACAUCGAAGUGAUCUCCACGGGGACACCCCUGCAGCAGGAGAGCCCUGAGCUGUACCGCAAAGGCACCACCCCCUCGGACCUGACCCCCGACGACAGCCCCCUGCAGAGCUUCCCCGCUAGCCCCUCGGCCACCCCACCACCGGCCCCCGCCGUGAGGAACAAGGUCGCCCACUUCUCCCGGCAGGUCUCGGUGGACGAGGAGCGAGGCGGGGACAUCCAGAUGCUCCUGGAGGGCCGGGGAGGGGACUAUGCCCGCAACAGCUGGGGCGAGGAGAAGGCUGGGGGCUCUAGGGGUGUCCGCAGCGGCGCCCUGCGCAGCGGCCAGCCCGCAGAUGACUUCCGUACCCGGGGCUCGGGCCACAAGCAGCCCAGUAACCCCAAGCCCCGGGAGCGGCGGACGGAGUCGCCCCCCAUGUUUUCCUGGACUUCCCACCACCGAGCCGGCAACCCCAGCCCCGGGGGCCCCAAGCUGCUGGAGCCGGAUGAGGAGAAGCUGAGCAACUACGAGAUGGAGAUGAAGCCCCUGCUGAGGGUGGACGCGUACAUGCAGGAGGCGCAUGCCCAGAAGAGACGCUACAGCAAGGGGGGCGCCUACCGGGGCCUGGCAGAGGACCGCCGCUCCGAGGAUCGGGGCUUUGGGUCACAGAGACUGAGGUCCAAGUCCCAGAACAAGGAGAACGUCAGGCCAGCCUCGUGCACAGAGCCCGCAGUGCAGAGACUGGAGAGCCUGCGGCUGGGGGACAGGGCUGAGCCCCGGCUGCUGCGCUGGGACUUGACCUUCUCCCCGCCCCAGAAGUCCUUGCCUGUGGCACUGGAGUCGGACGAGGAGAAUGGGGACGAGCUCAAGUCUAGCACAGGCUCGGCUCCCAUCCUGGUGGCCAUGGUGAUCUUGCUCAACAUCGGAGUCGCCAUUUUGUUUAUUAACUUUUUCAUCUGAUGAGAUUGUCGCGUCAGCAACAACGGUUGGUGUACAAAAGGGAGACGUUACAAGAGAAGGACCGCAACUCGGACGGCCCCACAACUGCUUCCGAGUCUUUUCACAGAACAGGAUUGGGUAUUACUCACAGUUUGCCUUUUCUUCUGGGUAAUGUUUUUUGGAUUUUAGCCAGAAUUCUUUGCUUGUAUAACACUAUGCUGUGUGGCAUGGCAGAAGGAGGCCAGCACGCCGCCCCUCCAGCUUGAUGUGGAAAGAAAAGGGAUCCUGGCCCUCAAUGGCAAAAAAAUAAAACUGUCAUCGUCACAGUCACACUCCCGUCUGGGAUGUGGAAAAGGAGGCAGCCGAGGAAGACCCCUCCGGAGGGUCCUGCUGUGCCGGGCGGGUGGGGAGCAGCUGCUGUGACGCGGAAUGCAGGGUGGGUUAACCCUGCUCUUCCUCUGGGUUAUUCCAGAACUCUGUUCUGGAAUGGCAGGUGACAAGCAUGGGUGUGAGGCAUGGGGAAGAGAGUGUCCCAUCCCAGCUGGCAGCAGCCUGGGCCUUUUUCUAUUUUAAAUCUGUGCUGCAUACUUAAGGGAGCAGAGGUCUGCCUUCUCUUCUCUUCCUCAUGAAACACAUCACAACCCUGCCCUCUUCUUGGCACUGCCCACGGCUUUCCUUGCAAGGCCGUCUCCCCACACUGAGUCUUAAAGCCAAGUUCUUAUUUUUCUGCUGUCCCUCCCCCGCCCCCAUUCUGCCUUCCUCCCACCAGAACCCAGGGAAGCCGAGCUGCGGACGUCCAGGGGCCCACAGAGCGCUGAGGCCUGGGGGCUGGUGCCGGAGGGCAGGGAGCGGUGUGGGGGCCCCUUAGCCAUGGACCAUUUCUGACAUCACGCCUGGGCUCCAAGCAUCUGGCAUUUCUGCACUUAGGAUGCACAAUGUGUCCCUGUCGGACGUCCGCGGUGGCCCUUACAUGACGUUGUCUUCUCCCGCUGUCACUGAGCCCACGGGUUCUCACAUCUCUGUCCUGUACCUGUCUCAACUUCUCCCACACAUACGCAUAUUCCCUCCAGAUGCCUCAUUCAUACUCUGGAGCUGGUCUGGUCCCAGGACAGGAAUGUGGUUGAAACCCAGUGGCUUGAAAAAAUUCCUGAGAAAUCGUUGCAUAUCUAUCUCCCCAGAAACAUACAACGUAACGUUUCAAACAAAAACAGGCUCCUGGUGUUUCUGCCUUCUCUACCAGCGUUGUCCCACCAUCCAAACAAAAGAACAAGGUUCCAGAACGUUUGAGUGCCCCGUGGUCCUAGCUAUGGAGCCAGCCCCACCCACGUGGACGGACAUGUCUGGGGGGCCUGGCCAUGUCCACACGCAGGUCCCACUGCGCCCACGCCCGGGAAGAUCCUUCCAGUGAACCCACCCCACGGUCAUCCUGGGUGCAGCCGUCUACGGCUCUGCCUUGCUUUGCUUACGUUUAGCUGUUUCUCUGCUACCUUUCGAGCAGAUUUCUUUACUACACUGCACUGGAUUGCUAUAUUUUUAACCAGAAAUAAACUAAAGAUUAGAGCAUGUUCCAGUUAAAUUCAGUUUUAUUUUUUUCCGUUAUCCAUUCACUCCCCGUUCCUUCCACAGUUUGGUUUAGUUUGGGGUCUUUUUGGGGAGAAGGGACGUAGGAGAGGGAGGGAGGGUCCGCAGGAGAUACACUUCUGAUAACGCUGCUUUCUGAAGGGACAGGACGUCUUUUUGUACAUCCUACUUUCCGUUCCUCCUUUUUAAUACUGAGUGGUUGCUGCAGACCUGACGUGAACCAAAUAAAGAUGCCUGCUCCUUGCAGCUCUAAGAAUCAUCCAUGCUGGGAUAUGUGUUUUAUAAUUCUGUUUGCAACUCUUAUUUGUAAAGAUUAUAGACUUCUUUUGUACAUUCCAGUAACUGCAUGACACAAAAUGGUACCUACAAAUUCAGGUGACAUAUUUACAUGCGAACACCAUGAGGAAUUCAGAUACGUAUAAAAGCAACAGCACAAAAAUGCGUAUCA